UUUCUACAGGAGGAAACAGCAUCUUAUUGGGCACCUUAAACACGUUUGUACAUGUGGUAAUGUACUCGUAUUACUUAUCAACUGCCCUGAGACCGACUUAUCAUGACCGAAUAUGGUGGAAAAAAUAUCUCACACAACUUCAAAUGGUGCAGUUCCUGUUGAUCAUCCUGCACACGCUGCAGCUGCUGUGGGAGGACUGUGGCUACCCGCGCUGGAUAGCCUACGUGCUCGUGCCGCAGAACGUGUUCAUGCUGACGCUCUUCGCCGACUUCUACCGCCACAACUACUUGCGCAAGCCCCGCAAAGCGCAGGCGCAGGCGAUGGCAGCCAACGGGGGCGCGUGCGGCGCGGAGGCGGCCGCGCCCCAGCAGCCAGCGCAGCCCGCCCCCACCGACCGCCAAGAGGGCAGUGACAAGCCCAAGGAAGAG